AUGAAAGUGCUGAGUCCUGUGGAUUCUGGAGACUCGGUGAACGUCGAGUGUUCGGUCCAGAUGGAUGCUCAGUGUUUUGAGGAGCACAUGGUUUGGUGGUUUGGAUCUGGACCGGACUAUGGUUUGGUCUGGACUGAGAAGAACAGCUCUGCUCAGUGUGACAGCAGUCCUGCUCCUCAAACAUGUUUCUACACUUUCUCCAAAACCCUGAACGCCUCUGACUCCGGCUCCCUCCACUGUGCUGUGGCCGCAUGCGGACGUGUUCUCUUCGGAGACGCAACCAAAGACAUUGUCAAAGGCUCAGACUCAGAGAUGAAAGUGCUGAGUCCUGUGGAUUCUGGAGACUCGGUGAACUUCGAGUGUUCGGUCCAGAUGGAUGAUCAGUGUUUUGAGGAGCACAUGGUUUGGUGGUUUGGAUCUGGACCGGACUAUGGUUUGGUCUGGACUGAGAAGAACAGCUCUGCUCAGUGUGACAGCAGUCCUGCUCCUCAAACAUGUUUCUACACUUUCUCCAAAACCCUGAACGCCUCUGACUCCGGCUCCCUCCACUGUGCUGUGGCCGCAUGCGGACGUGUUCUCUUCGGAAACGCAACCAAAGUCAUUGUCAAAGAUAUGGCUGAAUCACAGAGGAUGACCUAUGCUGUUCUAGCUGUGUUUCCUGAUUUGCCUGAUCAAGUGGUCAAGUCAGAUGAAGAUACUUUGAACGCACUUGGUGCAGCAAAGACAGAAGAUUUACAGUACAUUACAGAAGGAGACUUUCUGCCAACUCAUUCACUCCAACUCCGUCCUCAGCAUGUCAUUGACGAGGUCAUCGAGAUGGUGGUGCUCUUGCUGGCUCAUUUUGCUGAGAAGGAAGAGCAUCUCCUACAGUUCAUGGAUAAGACCAGCCUUGCUGAGGAUGUUCAGAUGGAGAAUGUGCCACCAACACCCUGCCUCAUUGUGUGUGAGGCCUGGCUAAAGUCGUCUCUUUACUCCAAACAGGCCGUACAUCCUUCUGUUCACCUGGACCCGCCUCCUGCCUUCUAUCUGCUUUACUCAGCAGUCUCCUCCACACGGCUUCCUCUGAAUGGAGGCUCAGACUCAGAGAUGAAAGUGCUGAGUCCUGUGGAUUCUGGAGACUCGGUGAACGUUGAGUGUUCGGUCCAGAUGGAUGCUCAGUGUUUUGAGGAGCACAUGGUUUGGUGGUUUGGAUCUGGACCGGACUAUGGUUUGGUCUGGACUGAGAAGAACAGCUCUGCUCAGUGUGACAGCAGUCCUGCUCCUCAAACAUGUUUCUACACUUUCUCCAAAACCUUGAACGCCUCUGACUCCGGCUCCCUCCACUGUGCUGUGGCCGCAUGCGGACGUGUUCUCUUCGGAAACGCAACCAAAGUCAUUGUCAAAGGUGUCCACAGCACAGUAGUACGUCCCAGCCUCAGAGGAGUCUUCUAUGGUUGUGGACAGACUGUAGACACAGCUGCUGUUGGUGACGCUGACCGUGAAUCCAGUGUGAGGCUUCAGAGAUCCAGCUCUGAACCAGUGCACGCUGUGCUGCGGCGGACACUGCAGGAGACUCUUGUGUUGAUCCCGAAGUGA